AUGUUUACUUCAACUCCUCGUCGUUCAGUAAUGCCUAGCAAUUUUGAUAUUUUAUUGGAGGAUUUAACUCAAGAAAAUCACAUCUUUGAUCCAACUGAAAAAGAAGAAAAGCGUGAAGGAGGUGGACUUUUUGGUUGUCAAUUGACUGAUAAAGCUGUAAUAAAGGGAAAUGAAAAAGAUUGUGGAGGUUUGAAAAUGAAGAAACGUUUAAGUUUUGUGAGCUGA